UUAACCUCGCCUAUUGCUCGUUACAAUGUCAUCUUUGUGCUAUCAGUCUGCCGCGGUAUUACAACUGUACCAUCACUCCACAUCAAGGAAGGCGCCCGUUUGCCGCAGCAGGACUGUAAUUUAGGAUGGACGCCAAACUGCUGUACAUUUCUGUCCUUGCUGUGCUGCUCCUGCAUGCCAUCCCUGUUACUCGCGCCGAGUUUCCUUUCCGGGAUGUCUCCUUGUCGUGGGAGGAGCGUCUUGAUGACCUCAUUCCAAGACUUUACCUGGAUGAGAUCGCCUCACAGAUGGCCAGAGCCGGCUAUGGACCGAAUGGCCCAACGCGACCCAUCCCAAGACUUGGUAUCGGCCCGUAUAACUGGGUCACCGAGUGUCUGCGCGGUGAUGUCGAUUCUGGGAAUGCAACAUCAUUUGCAAUGCCAAUCGGUCUUGCUGCAUCAUUCAGUGUUGACCUAAUUACUGCUGUUGGCACAGCAACGAGUACAGAAGUUCGUGCCAAGUAUAACAACUACACAAGCCACGGGAUAUACAAGGAUUUUGGAGGACUGAGCUGCUUUAGUCCUGUCAUCAACAUCGUAAGACAUCCCCUGUGGGGAAGAAUUCAGGAAACCUAUGGUGAAGAUCCUUUCAUGACUGGAGAGUUGGCCAAGGCAUAUGUGGCUGGUCUGCACGGACCCAACCCACGCUAUGUCCGUACCAGCUCAGGAUGCAAACACAUCUUUGCCUACGAUGGACCUGAGGAUAUACCAUCUUCUCGAUUCUCGUUUGAUGCCGUUGUGAGUGAGGCAGACAUGCAGAUGACCUACCUACCAAUGUUCCAUGAAUGUGUCAAGGCGGGAACCUUCAACUUAGUAUGCAGCUAUAACAAAAUCAAUGGCAUUCCGGCCUGCACCAACAAGAAGUACUUGACCGACAUCGUCCGCAAUCAGUGGGGCUUCAAAGGGUACAUCUCGAGUGAUGCCUCGGCCCUUGAAUAUUUGUACACCAGACAUAAAUACACCCAGGGACCACUCGAUUCAGCUGUGGCUGCUGUCCAGGCUGGGUGUAGCCUGGAGCUAUCAGGCAAACGGAAAAGAGUCUACACACACCUGACCCAGGCCGUAGAGCUGGGCCUGGUCAGCAUGGAGCAGAUGACCACUCUAGUCCGGCCGCUCUUCUACACCAGGAUGAGGCUCGGGGAGUUUGACCCCCCAGAGAUGAACCCUUACACCAAGCUGAACGUGGACGAUGUGGUGGAGAGCGCCGCGCAUCAAGAGCUGGCUGUGUCGGUAGCUGUCAGGACGUUUGUCUUGCUUAAACACACUGAAAAGGUCCUGCCCGUUGGAAAGAUCGGAACUGUGGCCGUUGUCGGCCCUAUGGCAGAUUCGCCCUACGAUCCGUUCGGAGACUACCCACCAGGCACUUCCCGUGAAUACAUCACUACAACCAGGGAAGGUUUGAAGAGUAUCGCCUCAAAAGUGAAAUAUGCUGGUGGCUGCAAUGACCCUAGGUGUGACAAGUACAAUCAGAACGAAGUCAUCAAUGCCGUCACUGAUGUGGACUUUGUUGUGGUGUGCUUGGGCACAGGUACAUCGAUAGAGAGUGAGAUGCGAGACCGUUCCAACAUGGACUUGCCCGGUUCUCAGUUGAGGCUUCUACAAGAUGCUGUCAAAUAUGCCAAGGGUCGACCUGUGGUUCUACUCCUCUUCAACGCCGGACCGUUGAAUGUCACCUGGGCUGAUGAAAGUCCCGACGUUCACGCCAUUGUGGAGUGUUGGCUCCCUGCCCAGGCAGCAGGCUUGGCUGUCGCUCGUUUUAUGACCAAUGGCCCGGAGGGCAAUCCUGCAGGAAGGCUACCGUUCACAUGGCCGGCUUCUAUGGAUGAUGUGCCUCCAAUGACCAACUAUAGUUUCUUCAAUCGUAGUUAUCGCUUCUUCACUGGCACCCCCUUCUACCCGUUUGGUUAUGGUCUGUCCUUCACGGAGUUCAACUACGACAGGGUCGUGGUGUCCAACCCUCUUCUCAAACCCUGUGAUGAUAUGCACGUCAGUGUGACCUUGACUAAUGUUGGCCAUUAUGAUGGAGAUGAGGUGAUUCAGGUCUAUAUCGGCUGGCCGGAUGCAGUCUACCCGGUACCCAACCUCCAACUAGGAGCAUUCCUCCGUGUGAAGACAACCCCUCAGAACCAGAUUACCAACUACCUGACCAUUCCAGCCCGUGUGAGGGCAGUCUACAACGAACAAGGUGAAACCCUUGUCGUUAAACCUGGCAAGUUCUAUCUCUACGCCGGUGGUCAGCAGCCUGGGCAGAAGAGACGCAUAAGCUCCAAUGUCCUGACAUCUGCUUUCACCGUGAUGGGAUCGAUGACAAAACUAUCAGACUGCCCUCCAUAGUUAACAGACGACAUGUAAUAUAAGGAGCACUUGCAGGGUACAUUGUUAGCUAUUGAAUUCGUAUGCAGUGUUUUUCAUUUCUCUGAAUGGUUAAGAAUAGUAAGAAUGGUCCACACAUUUCAGUCCUUCAUCAUAUGCCCAAAUUAAAUGAUGGACUUCAAACCGUUUCUGCCUCCUUCAAUGUACUGGAUUGUUCAAUGCACAACAUUAUUAUGCAAACGUUUGGUAUUCACAUAUUAAUUGUGAUUAUCACUCCGAAUUGGACCAACACCCCUAUUUCAGGAGACAGGAUGAUAAAAGAAACAAUUCCAAAUAUUAUUUCUAUUUUUGGUAUUCUCAAACGCUUUUGGAGCAUUUGAUAUUCCUUGAGUGUUUUUAGUUUGUAGUACAGAACUCAAAGAGUUUUAAUAGUGACAACGUUUUUGUAAGAAUCGAUUUGUACUGACUAACUGUUUUAAAGACUAUUU